UACGCGUUAUUAGCUAUGCAAGCCGAAGCCUGUCAGAUACAGAACGUCGAUAUUCUCAGACCGAGAAAGAAGCUUUAGCGAUAGUGUGGUCCUGCGAAAGAUUUCACAUGUAUUUGUAUGGUGCUGACUUUGAAUUAAUGACUGACCACAAACCUCUGGAAUGCAUUUUCUCACCCACAUCGAAGACCUGCGCUAGGAUUGAGAGAUGGCUCCUCAUGAUGCAGCCCUAUAGAUUUACAGUGGAAUACUUUCCAGGGCCCAAGAACAUUGCAGAUUCUUAAUUACGUCUCCUGCGUCCAGUGCCACAGUCAAGAGACGAGAACGAAACAGAAGAAUAUGUGAAGUGGGUAGCUCAAGAAUCAAUGCCUGUUGCCUUGACAACUCGUGAAAUUGAGAGAGCAUCUGCACAUGACCCAGAGCUGAAAAGUGUACGAGAAUGUCUUUUAAAUGGGAAAUGGCAUGCUAUAGAAUUCAAGGAGUACCUGCCAGUGCGAGGUGAAUUAAGUGCAAUUGGAAAGCUUGUUCUUCGUGGACCUCGAAUUGUAUUACCAAAGCAACUUCGCUGUCAAGCACUGAAGUUGGCGCAUGAAGGUUAUCCUGGAAUUGUGACAAUGGAGCGACGCUUGCGCACCAAAGUGUGGUGGCCAGGCAUUGACAAAGAGGCGGAAAGAGUUUGUAAGACCUGUCAUGGCUGUCAGUUAGUUUCACAACCGCUUAAACCAGAGCCGAUAGUACGUACAGAGUUGCCUUCUGCACCAUGACAACAUCUAGCGGCUGACUUAUUGGGUCCACUGCCUUCCGGGGAUUAUGUCUUUGCCGUGGUGGACUAUUACAGUCGAUUCUUUGAAAUGGAAUUCACCAAAUCUACUACAUCUGAGAAGACUGUGUCAAUGCUGUCCAGGAUUUUCGUCACUCUUGGUCUUCCUUUGUCCCUCAGGACGGGCAAUGGGU